AUGGAUAUCGCUAAACCGGUUGGGUCGGAGAUCACCUCCGUCGACUUCGGUGUCUUGUCCACCGAGGAGGUCCGCCGUUUGUCUGCCAAGCAGAUCACAAACCCCAUUGUCUUUGACAACUUGGGACAUACCGUUAACAACGGUCUCUACGAUUUGGCCUUGGGUGCCUUUCUCCGGAACCUAUGUACCACAUGUGGAUUGGACGAGAGACUGUGUCCCGGUCACCAGGGUCACAUUGAGUUGCCAGUGCCAGUGUUCAACCCGCUCUUCUUCAAUCAGAUGUUCACCUUCUUGAGAGCGCUGUGUCUAUACUGUCACCAUUUGCGUCUCGCAGAGAACGAGAUUCAUCAAUUCGUGUGCCAGUUGCGUUUGAUCCAGUAUGGUCUCUUGUUGGAGUGCCAGGAAUUGGAGAGCAUCUUCGCCAGAGACUCUGACGAUGGAGAUGACGUCAGCGCUGGCGAUGCGUCCAGCAGCAUGGAUUCCGAUGCCAAGCGUAAAAUCAGAGAGAAACGCGAGCAGUAUGUCAAUGAAUGCAUUGCCAAGGCCCUCGAUGAAGGUAGAACCACCGUCAAUGGUCUUGUCACUGAGACUGUGGGUGAGGAGAGAAAGAACACCAUCCACGAGUUUUACAGACGUAUUCUCAUGAAGAAGAGAUGUGAGAGCUGUGGCAUGUACUCUCCCUCGUUCAGAAAGGAUGGGUAUGCCAAGAUCUUCGAGAACGAGUUGCCCGAAAAACAGAAGUCUGUCAACAGAAUGAAGGGCUUGAGCCGGCCCGACAUGCUCAAAAGCUCUGCCGGAUCUUCGUCUUCUCAGACCACCAAGAUGCCCACCAUCAAGCUGUACUCGGGCUCCAAAUACAUCUUGUCCACCGAGAUCAGAAACAUUUUGCGCGCUGUGUUCGUCAAUGAGCAAGAACUCUUGCAGAAACUAUUCCACGCCAGACCACUAAAUACUGCUCCUGUUACGGCCGACAUGUUCUUCAUCCAAGCCUUGAUUGUGCCCCCUACUCGUUUCAGAUUGCCCUCUAAGUUGGGAGAUGAAAUUCAUGAGAAUGCCCAAAAUGAGCUUUUGUCCAACGUCUUGAAGACCACUCUUCUCAUCAAGGACUUGAACGAUAGAAUCUCGGGAUUCUUCUCUAAAGACAAGCAGUCCAGUGUGGAAGAACGUAAGAUUCUCUUCAACCGUUUGAUGAACUCGUUCGUCACCAUCCAAAACGAUGUCAAUGCCUUUAUCGACUCCACUAAGAACCAAAACGCCCCAGCUGGUAAAGUGCCAAACCCUGGUAUCAAGCAGGCUUUGGAGAAGAAGGAGGGUUUGUUCAGAAAGCACAUGAUGGGUAAAAGAGUCAACUACGCCGCCCGUUCGGUCAUUUCCCCAGAUCCAAACUUGGAAACAAAUGAAAUCGGUGUUCCUCCAGUGUUCGCUGUCAAAUUGACAUACCCUGAGCCCGUCACCCCUAAUAAUGUGGCCGAGUUGAGAAAAGCUAUCAUCAACGGUCCAGACGUAUGGCCAGGUGCAAUCCAGGUUCAAAAUGAAGACGGAUCCAUGAUUUCCUUGAUUGGAAUGGCACUCGAGCAGCGUAAAGCUGUUGCUAACCAAUUGAUGACGCCGUCCGGCAACGGCUCCGAAGCCAUCAACAAAAAAGUUUAUAGACACAUCAAAAACAAGGACGUUGUCAUCAUGAACCGUCAACCAACCUUGCAUAAAGCUUCCAUGAUGGGUCACAAGGUCAGAGUUCUUCCUGGUGAAAAGACCCUUCGUUUGCACUACGCCAACACUGGUGCUUACAAUGCCGAUUUCGAUGGUGACGAGAUGAACAUGCAUUUCCCACAGAACGAAAACGCAAAGUCCGAGGCUCUCAAUUUGGCCAACACCGACUCGCAAUACUUGACUCCAACAUCCGGUUCUCCUUUGAGAGGUUUAAUUCAGGAUCACAUUUCUGCCGGUGUCUGGUUGACCAGCAAAGAUACCUUUUUCACCCGUGAAGAGUAUCAACAACUCAUAUAUGGAUGUAUCCGUCCAGAAGAUGGUCACACCAACGGCCACAGCCGUAUCCUCACAGUUCCUCCCACCGUGUUCAAGCCUGAGCAGCUCUGGACUGGUAAGCAAGUCAUUACCACGAUCUUGUUGAACAUCAAGCCACGGGACGUUCCUGGUAUUAACUUGGUCUCCAAGAACAAGGUCAAGGACGACUACUGGGGCAAGGGAUCUAAAGAGAACGAGGUCCUCUUCAAGAACGGUGAAUUGUUGUGUGGUAUCUUGGAUAAAUCGCAGUACGGUGCUUCUCAAUACGGUAUCGUUCACUCUUUGCAUGAAGUCUAUGGCCCUGACACUGCUGGUAAGGCCCUCUCUGUUCUUGGUAGACUCUUCACUAACUACACAAUGCAAAAGGCCUUCACGUGUGGUAUGGAUGACUUGCGUUUGACUGAAGAGGGAAACAAAUGGAGACUGGACAUCUUGAAGAAGUCUGUUGACAUUGGUAGAGUGGCCGCUUGUGAGGUCACCAACUUGGAGUCCGAUGUCUCUUCCGACAACAAGGAGUUGCUCAAGCGUUUGGAGGAGAUUUUGAGAGAUGACAACAAGCUUGGUAUCUUGGAUGCCAUUACCCAAUCCAAGGUCAAUGCCAUCACCUCUCAAGUCGUCUCCAAGUGUGUUCCUGACGGUACCAUGAAGAAGUUCCCUUACAACAGUAUGCAAGCUAUGGCUUUGUCUGGUGCUAAGGGUUCCGCUGUCAACGUCUCUCAAAUUAUGUGUUUGUUGGGACAACAAGCAUUGGAAGGUAGAAGAGUGCCUGUUAUGGUCAGUGGUAAGACCUUGCCAUCUUUCAAGCCAUUCGACACUGAUGCUCGUGCUGGUGGUUACAUUAAGGGCCGUUUCUACUCCGGUAUCAGACCUCAAGAGUACUAUUUCCAUUGUAUGGCAGGUAGAGAGGGUUUGAUUGAUACCGCUGUCAAGACUUCUAGAUCUGGUUACUUGCAACGUUGUUUGACCAAGCAAUUGGAGGGUAUUCACAUCGCAUACGAUAACUCUGUCAGAGAUUGUGACGGAUCCAUGGUGCAACUCUUGUACGGUGGUGAUGCCAUUGACACCACUAAACAGUCGCACAUGAACCAGUUCAAAUUCUGUCUCGACAACUACGACGCCUUGUUGUCCAAGUACAACCCUGGUGACUUGGCUCAACACUUGGACACUGAGACUGCUUUGUCGUAUGCUAAGAAGUCGAAGAAGCACAUGAAGAAACAAAAGGACCAACCUCAUUUCUCUCAGUCCUCCAAGUACGACCCGGUUUUGUCUGUCUACAACCCAGCCAAAUACUUGGGAUCUGUGUCUGAGAAGUUUCUGGAGCAACUUGACGACUUCGUCAAGAAGGAGGAGGGCUUGUUCGCUAAGCACUCCACCGAUGGUGUCACUGAGCGCAAGUUCCGUGCUCUUAUGCAAUUGAAGUAUAUGAGAUCUCUUGUGAACCCUGGUGAGGCUGUUGGUAUCAUUGCUGCCCAAUCCAUUGGUGAGCCAUCUACACAAAUGACGUUGAACACUUUCCAUUUUGCUGGUCACGGUGCUGCUAACGUCACCUUGGGUAUCCCAAGAAUGAGAGAAAUCAUUAUGACUGCUUCUGCUGCCAUUAAGACUCCUCAAAUGUCUCUUCCACUUUUGCCUGACGUCACAAAGGAAAUGGCCGAUUUCUUCUGUAAAUCUGUUGGUCGUGUCUGUCUUGCUGAGUUUAUUGAUGAUGUUGUGGUCACUGAAACUUCUGGUUACGCCGCUGACAACGAAGCUUCGGUCAGAUCUUACAAGGUCCGUUUCAACUUCUACACCCGUAAGGAGUACGAGGAAGAGUACGAUAUCUCACAAGAUCAAUUGGAGAACUCCAUCUCUCACACCUUCUUGACAAAAUUGGAGCAGGCACUUGUUAAGGAAAUGAAGAAGCUGCGUAAAGCAACUUCUGUUCCUGUGAUUGGUAAGGCAGUUCCUCGUUCUCAGACCGAGGCCGCUAUGGCAAUCAGCAAAAACAUCGAAGGCGAGGAAGAAGAGAACGCUGAAGAUGACAAGAUGAAGGCCCAGGGCAAGCAGGCAGUGUCCUACGAUGGUCCAGACGACGAGGAUCUCGAGAACAUGAGAAAGGCCGAGGAGACUUCUGAUGAGGAGAUGGAGGAUGCCGACGCCGAGCUGGAUUCGGAGGAGUCUGAGGACCUGAGCGAAGAGGAGGAUGAUGAUGAGAACUUGGUGGCUACUGAAGCCAAAGAGACCAAGAAGAAGGCUCCAAAGGUCUUGUCCAAGAGUGCCAAGGAGAGACAGUCCAACAUUGUUUCCCAACACCACUUCCUCAGAAAGUACGAAUUUGAUGAUGAAAACGGUGAGUGGUGUGAGUUUGAGCUCGAGCUUCUUGGUGUUCAGAAACUUUUGAUGGUCAACAUCAUUGAGGACCUUUGUAGACAAUUCGUUGUCCGUGAGAUCAAGAACAUCGGUAGAUGUGUUCGCACCGAGAACAGCCGUAACUUGACCACCGAGGGUGUGAACUUCAAGGCCAUGUGGGACCAAGACGACUUCCUUGAGGUCAACGGAAUCACCUCCAACGAUAUCAGUGCUGUUUUGCACACUUACGGUGUCGAGGCUGCCAGAAACACAAUUGUUAACGAAAUCAACAAUGUGUUCUCCACAUACGCCAUUGCUGUCUCCAGCCGUCAUUUGGACUUGAUUGCCGAUAUGAUGACCAGAGAGGGUACCUACCUUGCCUUUAACAGACAGGGUAUUGACUCGUCUACAUCUGCAUUCAAGAAGAUGUCUUACGAGACCACAUGUCAGUUCUUGACCAAGGCUGUUCUCGACGGAGAGAGAGAGGAUUUGGACUCGCCUUCUGCCAGAAUCGUGUUGGGUAAGUUGAAUGGCGUCGGAACAGGCUCGUUCGAUGUCAUGACCAAACUUCCUACUUCUGCUUAA